UUGCUUUGCCUCCUCGUCUUCCUCCUCCAGCCUCCGUUCAGAGAUGUCAGAGGAUGACUGCCGCUCGCCCAUUGGCUUAGAUUGCUGCAGUUGCUGCCUGGACCUGGCCAACGGCUGCGAUGACGCCCUGUCCGGGAGCCCGGCCCGGGGCCACGGGUCGGGCCUGGGCACCGGCGGGUUUCCGGAAGCCCGACCAGCCCCAGCGUCAGCCACUUCCGCCAGCUCCGGGACCAGCUGACUGUACCAGAACCUGAACACGGACAAGCUGAACAACAUCAUGCGGCAGGACUCCUGGAGUCGGUGGUGAGGGACCCCUGCUUCCCUGCUCAACGAGGGCAUCUGCAACAGCAACAUAGACCAGACCAUGCUGUCCAUACUGCUCUUCUUCCACAGUGCCUCCGGUGCUAGCGUUGUGGCCAUUGAUAACAAGAUUGAACAAGCGAUGGAUCUGGUCAAAAACCACCUGAUGUAUGCUGUGAGGGAGGAGGUGGAGAUUCUCAAGGAGCAGAUCAAGGAGCUGGCAGAGAAGAACAACCAGCUGGAGCGGGAGAAUAACCUGCUGAAGAACCUGGCCAGUCCUGAACAGCUGGAGAAGUUCCAGUCGCGCAUCCCAGCAGACGUGUUGUUACCGCUGGACAACCAGCCUGCACUGGUCACCUCCGACCAACAACAACAGCAGCAACAGCAGCAGCAGCAGCCCUGCACCCUAAGCGCUGGCUCUGCCGUAUAAGUGGCUCUGCCUAGGGGCGGGCAGAGCCACUGCCGCUUAACAAUAAUGGACCUCCACUUUGACGUAAACGUUGUUAAGAUAUCGUCACCGCCGCCACCGAGAAACCUUUUUCGAAAAAGGAAGGAGUCGACGGAGGAGAUGCCUCGGGGCUGUAAAUGAUCGAUGAGAGACAUAACAACAACUGUUGACAAUGAAAAGCACAACACAGAAUUUUUUUUUUCAAAAAAAAAAAAAGACGCUCUGACUUGUGUAGUCUCAGGCCCGUCUUCUGACGCCGUUAAGUCCUGUUUGUCGUAGUCUCUCUUUUGUAGACAAAAGCGCUGAGAGAGAGAAAGAUGGAUGGGUGUGGGGGGGGCUUACUGUACGCAGAUGAGCGCUUGCUUUCAGACAGAGGGGAACUCUCCCCGCCUAGCCUUACUCUUCUAACACAUGCAACCCUCGUUCUACCGAGAGAGAGAGAGAG